UUGGUGCAUAAAAGGAAGGGAAUUUUACUUUCUUUCUUCCAGAACAAGCAUAAAACAGCAUCACAAUAUCCGUUCAGGUCUUCACUUAGAAGCCACCGCACCAAACCAAAACCCAAAUAGUCAAAUCUCUUCUCUUUCACCCAAUCACUCUCGUAGCAAUAGCAUAGUAUCUGCAACUGUAAGCGUUCAAUACCAAUACAAUACUCACGGUCGCUAUAAUCGAAAUUACGGUGUCGUUUUCAGUUCGUUUAACCAUCAUAAACCUCAACCCCUUUUUCCUUCCAAACACCACUCUCUAAAUCUAAUCUCCAACCACAACCAACACUGAAACACGUUGUUUCUCUUCUUCCCUCGUUUUUCAAUUUCCUCCUCUCUUUUUUCGCGGGAAUCAAUAAUUUCAACUCGAUCAUCCUCGUCAAGUUUUGGUUCUUUUCUCUAAUGGGCAACUGUUGCGGCAAGUCGGAGAAAUUGACGGCGGAGAUUGUACCCCAUGACGGAGCUAAAGUGUUCCCCACCGUCCGAUUAUACGGGUCGCCGAAGAACAUUCUCGCUGCUUACAUUCGUUUCGCUCUUCUCCACAAAUCCGUUUCGUUGGACUUCGUUCCAUCCAACGAAACGGCGACGGAGCGUGUCGUAGGGUCCGACCCGGAUACCCAAGUUACGCUCCAGGUGGGAUCCGAAGUUGUUUCGGGCUCCCGCGAUACGCUCCUCCGAUUCAUAGACGACCGAUUCCCCACUCCGUCGCUUGCGGCUGCGGGUGGCGGUGGGGGUCGGGAGGAGGAAACGACGCCGUUGAUGGUUAGGGUGACACGACUGCAGCAUGAGAGCAUGCUUUGGCACGUGGAGAGGAUGGUGAGGUGGGCGGAGGAUCUGGCGACACGUGGAGGGAAGAAGGCCGUUGAUCCGUCUGUGGGGACUCCAAGGAUGGAGAUAAGGAAAUUCGCUCGGAGCUACUCGGAGCUGCUGGAAGUGUUGAUGGAACACGCGCAGAUGGAAGAGACUGUUCUAUUCCCUGUCUUUGAUAAGGCUGAUCGAGGACUCACUAAAGCUGCAAAGGAGGAACAUGCUAGGGACCUACCUCUCAUGAAUGGCAUCCAAGAAGUCAUAAAAUCCGUUGGGGUUUUGGACUCAGGGAGCCCUGAUUACCGAGAGGCUCUGUAUACCCUUUCUACUCGGCUCAAGUCAUUGCAAGGACAAUGUAAACAUCAUUUCAUGGAAGAGGAAGUGGAAUUACUUCCACUAAUGGAGGCAUUGGAGUUGAGCAAAGAGCAAGAAGAGAGUGCGCUACAGCAAUGUUUUGAUGUGAUGCAAGAAACACACGGUCGUUUGUUGAAGUUUCUUCUUGAAGGGCUUCCACCCAUUGAUGCUAUGAAGUACUUGGACUUGAUCAGCAAGUGUAGGGACAAAGAAAGAAUGGAAUCCAUUCUCCAGAUGAUAGUUAAGUGAGAUAUCUUGUCAAUGGGUUCAAUCAUUACGCACACAUGGAUGAUUUGGGAAGCUUGCUUCGCAAUAGAUGUAAAAUUAGGUUUCCGUUUUUUUUUUUGCUUUUUUUUUUUUAAGCCAGUUCUUGUGAAGGAAGCUCCCAGCACGUGUAGGCUUUGGUACUUUGCUUUUGUGGUCUGGGACAUUCUUCUUGAGCCUGUCAGCCUGGCGUUUUGAUUAGGGGAAUAGAAAGCAGUGAUAGCAUUUGGAAAAGGAGGGCGUUUUCUUCUUCUUUUUUCUUUUCCUCGCGAUAGUUUGGAUAAGGUUGUCUUGAAUAUUUUCCUUAGUUAUGUACAUCCAAGUAUAUGCACCCGAAUUUGUUCAGAACAAGCUAAUUUGUGUGUUUUGAUUGGUAAUUCGA